AGUCGAGGAAGCAAAUCCGUCGGAAUUUCGUUUAAGGAUUCCAAUUUUCCUAGCUUUCCUGUCUAUUAACUUGGUGUAUUCUACAUCCGACCAGAACGGAAUAUGAGUGAAAAAGAAGCGUGGUUUAAAAAUUCUUCAACUGGAGACUUCAAGUGAAAGUGCUUCGCUUAGUAAAACCAGUGCCCAUUGACGCACUUAUUAACUACCUCAAUCUACAAAAAGGAAUUCAGCACACAUUUUUACUCACAUUACGACCUAAACUAUCGGAUAUCGUCUUCUAUAUUUCAAAAUGAGACCAGCCAAUAGGUUCAACCAUAGAAUCACACUGAAGAUGACCCAUCGUCCCGUCAGUGCAAUGUCGCGUCAAGAAUCUGAAAUGAUCAACCGCAGCCGCCGGGCUCUGUCGUCCGGUACGUUGACGGAUUCGAUUGAGAAGCUACGUCACAUGUGCCUUGCCCGCGGUGCUUCGGGAAUUCUUGGCCUUGGGCGGUGCUUCCGCCGCAUGGACGACGACGGAAACAAAGCUCUCAAUCAGGAGGAGUUCAUCAAGGGUUUGCUCGACACCGGACUGGACAUCACGAACGAGGAAGCUACCGAGAUGUUCAACAAGUUCGAUACCGACGGGAGCGGAUCAAUCAAUAUGACCGAGUUUUUGAUAGCAAUCCGUCCAAAUAUGUCCGAAUCUAGGAAGAAUAUUGUGACCCAAGCAUUUGCGAAGCUGGAUAAAACUGGUGAUGGGGCAAUUACCAUCGAGGACUUGAAGAACGUCUACUCGGUCAAGAACCAUCCGUUGUACAUCAGUGGUGAGGAGACGGAGGAUGUCAUCCUAAGGAAAUUCUUGGCCAAUUUCGAGGAGAACGGAAACGUCGAUGGAACCGUCACCAAAGAGGAGUUCCUCAACUAUUACGCUGGUCUCAGCGCUUCGAUCGAUUCAGAUGCCUAUUUCGAUUUGAUGGUUCGCCAGGCCUACAAGCUAUAAGAUGGCUCCCGGAAGUGGUAUCACAAGUCGUUACAAAAUGCAACAAUAUUAAAUAUUACUAUUUAUUAAUUUAAUUAUGUUUGUUAAGUUACGUAGAAUGUGCAGCAUAUUACCAAAAAGUUUCAAAAAAAUAUUCAAAAUGGACGUGGGACAAAUCCGAGCUCCAUUUUCUGCUAAUUUUGCAUACUGCCUUCUCAUAUUUGAACAAGUAGUGUUUCAAAAAUAAUAACUAAUCGUUCACUAGGAUUACCAUUGAAAACAAAAGAUUUUUAAAAUGUGACAAUUGAACCACGCGAGAUCUGUGACAAUGCAAGAAUUAAAAAAAUGUUCUCAAAAAUAUAAAA